CAAUGAUAGGGCAAGCUCUAGAAGAUGUCCAGAAGAGUUCAAUCAUGCUUCAGAAGUGUUCUGAAGUAGUUAUCUUGUGAAGAUAAGUCCAGGAGGGACUUAGACUGAUCAGAAGAAGGGUUUGGAAGAGUUUGAGAGAAAAUGGUCCAAGGUGCAAAGAUAGGGCGUGUGUACGGCCUCGUACGGACAUGGGUAACUAAGAGAAGGUGUGUGGAUCAUCAGAAGAAGGAGGAAGAGUAUUGGGCAUAAAUAGGGCGAGUGGUACGGACAGGAGAUCCAUACCAUCGACCGUACAACCACACCUCUCGACCACACAUCCGGGAAACUCACCAGAAGCUGUGCAAACUUAGGGCGUUGGUUUCCAAGAGCAAUCAGACGACCUUAUCUUCUGUGUGACUGUUGGAAAGCAAGGGAAAGGAGAGAGGGCGUGGUCCAAGGACAGCCUGUCAUGAGAUGUAAAGGGAAAGCAAGUUGGACCAUGAAUCUAGACACAUAUGUGAGUAAAGGUUCAUGGGAGCCUUAGCAUAACCAAUCAGGCAGCAGCUCCUCUCCACCAAUCAGCUACCAUCACGUGCUCCCUUUGACCAGAAACAAGACUACAUCCAAGCCAUCCAUUUCUCAAGUCAUUUCUAUCCAUUAGAUUAAGGGUUUAUGAUUGCAAAGUGUAAAAGCCUAUAUAAGGCAUUGUUGUGAACGUUUUGUAACUCCUAAGGGAGUAAGGGGGAUUUCCCCUCUCCACUUCAUGAAUGAUAAACUUGUUCUUGAAUCUGAAACCCUAAUCUUUAAUCUCUUACUCUCCUAAUCUCUCAGUCUCUUAAUCUCUGUUCCUAAGUCUCUUAUUCUCUCAUAAACACUCUCACCAAUCUCUCUUUCUAAAUUACCUAGAGCAAGCUCUCAUCUUUCUCCAUUGGAGUUUAUACACACACAUACAACCAGAGAAGAGAACUCUACAAAUCUCAUAUGGUAUCAGAGCCAGGUUCAUCAGAACCUGAGCUGAAGCUUCCGCAAGUCCACAGCUCACGCCUCAUCUCAAAACCAAACCAUUGACGCUUUCCCAUCCAGUUCAGUCCCUUAUGAAGAAGAAGGCUGAAGCUUGGCGUGUUCCCUUGGUUCCUCAUCCUGUUCUCUACCUGCUCAGAUGGAGAUUAUCCUUGGAGGCAAAGGUGUAUGGAGAGGCCUAACUAACCUGACUCCAAAGCUCCUUGUCCAAGAGAAGUUUCACAUCAGGCUAAAAGAGUAUGGUGUCAAGAGCUUGGCGCCUAGAUGUUCUGAAGAAAGGAGGGGUCUUUUGAGUUGAUGGUACAAGAUGGUGGCCAUGAACUGAAGGAGAAGGAGGUGGGUGAUGAUCUAGACUCUCAGUUCCAACAACAGUCAUGGCCGGUUUCACAAAAUGCAAAAGGAAUCAACCUGGUUCCUUGUUGUUCACAAGAAGUGUUCUUUACUCACCACCUAUCCAAGACAAGAGGAAGACUUGAACCAUUGUGUGGAGCAAUGGGAAGAUACUUGUGUGUAGAAGCUGGUUUAAGAAGCGCAGGCCACGAGGUUGUUGAGCUCCUGGUUCAAGACAUACAAGCGGAAGACCAACCAUUGUGUGGAGCAAUGGGAAGGUUCUUGUGUGUAGAAGCUGGUUUAAGAAGCGCAGGCCACAAGGUUGUUGAGCUCCUGGUUCAAGACACACAAGAAGAAGAAGGUCACCACCUAAGCCAUGAGGAAGGCCGGUGAUCUGAGGGUACUUGAAGCUGAAGGCAAAAGGGUGGAUCAGUGAUUUAAGCGCAGCUGUUAGGGUGAUGUGCUCCUGGUCUUGAAGUUCAUUGAGGCCCAUUCUCGGUCUCAAGCUUGCGGUGGGGAUUCAAAUGACCAACCUGAAGAGCUAAAGUUCAAGACAUGUUUCCUCCUGAUCACUACAAGAGAAUGAUAAAAUGAAGCCUGUUGCCAACAUUCUGUGGGAAGUCCACAGCCUGCUCCAAAGAGGGUAGAGAGGAUGUUGUGACAAUGGAGAGAUGACUUGUGGUUCUGUCCAUGGUGGUUUAGUCACCAUAGCCUACACAUCAGAUGAGUGUAGAGAGGACAGUCGACAUGCAAAGAAGAGCAUCACCAGGAGGGUGAUGCAAUUUAAACCAAGACCAUUGCAAGCUGAUCAUGGAGUGAUCCAGCCGAAGUAGAGGGAAGAAGAAAGCUACUCAAUAAGCUUCUGGUGUGAGAUGCUUGGAGAGUGAGCAUUGCAAGAGGGAUGGGCACACACCAAGGAGAGGUGUUGGAUACUGAAUCCAAGCAUCAAACCUGCCAAGUUCAAGUGAACCGUGCCCAUGGAGGUUCAAGAGAUCAGCUCGGAUCUCUUGUUUGUAAGCAAACCUCCUAACCCUUAAUAAGAGCUUGUGUCUUUAUUUAUUGUGCUGUGAGUGGUGUCUAGAGUCCCAGAAUCUCAUGUUUUGUUUAUUGCAUUGUCUUGUGUGUUGCCCUAGCUUGAAUCAGCAUGAAUGUGUCGUAGAAUUGAGUAGAAUGUCUCUACUGCUGGCAUCAUGUUUGAAAAGCUGUUUUGCAUACAUAAGCAUGUCUCAUAUUGUCUAAGUUGCUUGCAUCAUUGGUCUUGAUUGAAACUGUUGUGCAUAGCUUUAAUAUGUCUCAUGGAUUGAACAUGUUGCAUUCAUGUAGUUAAUGCUUUAAGAUUGUGCAUUCAUGUAUUGAUGCAUUUAAAAAUGAGCCUAAAUUGUCAAUGUAUUGUAUAAAGCUUGCAUUGUCAUUUUAGAGAUUGAAAACUGCUUGUUCUUGCCUUGAUUGAUUGGCUUGUUUCAAGGUAUAUAUAUUUGCUGUGGCAUUGGUGAUCAAACAUGAUGGAUAAUCUUGGUUUGAUCCCAAUGGGAUGAUCUGAUCUUGCAUUGAGUUGUGGUGGUGUUAGGUACACAAGGAAUGUGAUACAUGUAACUCGCCAACAACCAAGAAUGUAAAGACAAAGGUCUUGUGCCAUUGCAUAUCAUCACUAGGACAUGUUAGUCCAUAAUCUACAGGAAGUGUAGUGUGAUUGAGU